ACCCGGAAGCGUUAAGGAGGGUUGUGACGGAGACCUUUCUGCUUGAUAGUUGCAGUGUAAUAGUGCGUCAGUCAGUGCGAAGACUUCAUAUUGCACAAAAUUCAUUUUAAUAUCAUAUAUAUAUAUCUCGACUAGAAGAGAAGAUGCUGUCUUACAUCUUUGGUCUUAUUCGCGGUACCUAUGAAAGCAUCAUUGGACUGAUCAUGAGGCUUCUGGGUUUGAAAAGAAAACUUGCUAUAACCCUGGAGGAUCCCAACGAGAAAUAUCCCCUGCGUCUUAUAGAUAAAGAGAUCAUAAGCCAUGACACCAGAAAGUUUCGCUUUGCCCUGAGGUCCCCAGAGCACGUGUUGGGUCUUCCUGUGGGCCAACACAUAUACCUGUCCGCUAGAAUAGAUGGUGCCCUGGUGGUGAGGCCCUACACUCCAGUGUCGAGUGAUGACGAUAAAGGUUUCGUGGACCUGGUGGUCAAGAUUUACUACAAAAACACUCAUCCAAAGUUUCCUGAAGGUGGAAAGAUGUCUCAGUACCUGGACAGUCUUCGCAUCGGUGACACAAUUGACUUCAGGGGGCCGAGUGGACUGCUUGUUUACAAAGGCCAAGGAGUGUUUGAUAUCAAACCUGAGAAGAAGGCACCUCCAGAGGUUAAGAUUGCAAAACAUCUGGGGAUGAUCGCUGGAGGGACAGGUAUCACUCCUAUGCUGCAGAUCAUUCGGGCAAUAAUGAAGGAUCCUAAAGACAAGACCAUUUGUCACUUGCUCUUUGCUAACCAGACAGAAAAAGACAUCCUACUGCGCACAGACCUGGAGGAAAUCCAGGCUAAUUACCCAGAACGAUUCAAACUGUGGUACACCCUCGACAAGGUUCCUGAGGACUGGGAGUACAGCCAGGGGUUUAUCAAUGAGCAGAUGGUGCAGAACCACCUUCCUCCCCCUGCUGAUGACACACUCAUCCUCAUGUGUGGCCCUCCACCCAUGAUCCAGUUUGCCUGCAACCCCAACCUGGACAAAGUGGGCCAUUCCCCAAGCAGGCGUUUCAUCUUCUAGAAAAACCACACACACACCCAUACUAAUCCUGACACAUACGCAAGCAGCUCCAGUGCUUAAAGCAGCAGCCAGCUUUCACAAUCGUCAUAGUGUCUCCAAGUAAACACGUGUGUUGUUAUGCAAUUAUUAGUCCUUUCAAUAUUAUGCAUUUUGUUAUUUGCGUUUGUGCCGUUUUGUCACAUUGAAUAUUCUUGAGCAAAAGCUUAAUUUAAAAAGAAAGAAAUUGCAACUAGAAUAUAGAUUUGUUUUAUUUUUAUUCUGCCACAUAUUUUGUGAUAUUUGUUAAAUAUCCUUAAAAUUGAAUUGCAACUUUUGAAGUUACUUUUUCAUUUAAUGUGAUGUAUUGAAUUGUUUUAGAAAGUGCCUUAUUACCACACAGUGCUUAGAACACAGUACAGUACAUUAGCUGCCAUGUGUAAAAAAAAAAAUCUAAAUGUCAAAGCAAAAGAUCAGUCACUGCGAGCUUUAAUCAAUUCAAUGUAAUCGAAAGCUUUAAAAGCUGCAUAUUUGUAUUAUUUAAACUGCCGACCUGCAGUAAAUGGUUAAUAAAUGGCAUAAUAAUCCACCUUAGUGAAAAAAUGUUAAGCGUCACCUGCCAUAGUUAAGCUCGUGUUCUAUAUCGCAUCAGAUUGUACUGUAUCGAGUUUGAUGAAUAAACGAAAUGCAUCCACCAA